UUAUUGGAUUGGCUAUACUGAUAUCUUGGCAACAUGUCCGCCUAGAUUUUCUUGAGAAAAGUCAAAAAAUGGAAUGUGACACCAUUGACAUUAUUACGCACGGUGAAUCUCAUUGUUUUUCGACAUUAGUCGUUUAAAAUAGAUAAAAACUAAGAACACAAAUGGUCCACAAAUUUCUUAACAUUUUUACUGUAACUAAAUCCGCCCAUAUUCUGCCAAAUAAAGAUUUGAUAUAGAAUGCAAGAUAAGUUUAAUUGACGAGCGAACGAAAGCUUUUACAAAGGAUAUAUAUAUACUGACGUUUUCUCGUGUAUACUCUCACCGUGAGAUUUUGAUAAACACUUUCUUGUGUAACAGAGGGAAAAAAAUCACUCGAGCAUGUAGGUAUUUUGUUCGUCUGUUUUACACACGGCGCCCCAACAGUUGGAAUGUUUGUAAAACAAAAGAAUGGAAGCCACAAACGUGACCAAAGUGUUUGACGAUGACAAUUUUCCCGAAAAUAGAUCGGGUCUUGGCAAUGAUGUAGAACAUUGCAAAAGUUACGAAAACGCGGAAAUUCUCGUUCUUCGUACGAACAAUAAUUCGAGAUGUGGAAAAAACGAAUCGGAAAGAGAAAGUAUCAGUGGGACAGAAUCGUUGGAGUUAAUUUCACCAUUGGAAAUAAUUGAAACACCUGAAGAAGAAAAACGUUCUUCUAAUUUUGCCUGUGAUUCCCAUGAAAAGUCACAACGAAAUGGUGAAUUUUCAUCGAGCACCAAUGGGACAGAAAUAAAAAAUAGUCCUGUGCAUAAUUCUCCGGCGCCGUUGGCAUUCACCAUUGAUUUUGGCAAUAACAAAGAAGUGGACACAGCCAGAUAUCAAAAUUUAUUUCAACGAUACAAUGCCAGACACAGAAAAAAUUUAUCCACUUCUAAGAUUGAAAUGAAACAAAAAAAUGUACCUAUCUCUACUUCCGCUAAUUUUUCACCCAAACAAAAAGCUCCGAGUGCUCAUUCCGAGGGAUAUUUCAGCAGCGAAGAUGACACUAGGCGCAAAGCUGAUAAAUUGUCUCAGAAAUUGAAAGAACUUGGUCUCAGAGCUCCGGGAAAAUCUCAGGGGGCAAUGAGAAAAAGUGAUGCGAUGUCGAGGUCAUACAACGAGCAAACCCAGGCUGAAAACAGUCGUGAGAAUUUGUCACUGGAAUUGAACAACUGUUCACGGCCGAAUGCAAGUAAUUUCAAUCAGAUGUCGUAUUCAGCAACGAUGAACGAUCUGAGUGGUUUGCAACGUGGCACUUUUGAUGUCGACAAUGAUGACAACGACGUCGAAGAUGUGAACGAACGAAAAAAUCGCGUGCAAUAUUCACCCGAAAAGAAAUAUACGAAGAAUAUCGAGUACAUCGAAAUCAAUCACGAUUACGAGGAAAAGGAAUGUCUCGACGGAUUGCGCCAAAAUUCGUGCGAAAAAUUGUCGAACAUAAAUUGUAAUUUCGAGUACUGCAGAUCAAACGAAUUUGGUUAUUCCGAUAUUAAUCAAAGCGCCAUGCAAACUUCGAGUGUUAGUUUUACUGCUGGGACUAACGCUGACGAUUCAGAAAAAAUGAAUCUCGAUAUAUUUAACGUGAGUAACGCCGAUGCUGGCUCUGAUGACACUGUUAGCGAAGCUGGAACUUAUACAAUUCACAAAGAUUACACGGAUGAAGAAAAAGCUAGAAUGGACAUCGACAAAGCUUUUAGCGUUGGUGUUAUCACGGAGCGAGAGAGUGAAGAAAGUUACGUUCAUCAUUUUAAGAUGACGAAUACUCGGGAUACGAAUACCUGGAUCUCUGAAUGGGCGACACAAGUCGCGGAGCAUAAUUCUCUUCCUCCACCGAUCGGAGGUUCGACAGGACGGACCCCACCCCUCACACCCUCCAAAAUUCCAUCACCGAUUUAUUCUCGAUCACAAAGAUCAAGAAAUCGAUACGAACAAAGUGACAGCAGCCUAGAUAUGGAAACUCAUUUGCACAUUAAGGAGAGACUUGGAACAGGGUUGAGUCAACAUACGAAUCUGAUAGACUCGGGUGGAGAAUCAGACGAGGAUACGAGCAAUAGUUACGUAACUCCACCCUUGAGUUCUCAGCGUACACCAACACAUGGACCUUCCCUCGUGCGUCGCGGAAGUUUAAGUGAGACUCUGUUGAAGAGAGCAAAUGCUAACGAGCCACGACGAAGCAUGCGUAAAUACGUGGAGAACAAGAUUAAAAAGGAUGAUAGCGCUACAAAAAGUCCGUCCCACGCAUUGGCUUGCCUUCAUUUGGAGCGAAGUAGUUCGCUAGACAGAAAAGAAUAUACGUCAGACACCGCUGAAUCCAAUUCGUCCAGAAAAAGUAGCUUGAAAAAUUAUACUGAAGAAAACUUCAAGCAUACCAGCAGUCCUAUAUUUAAUCGCUUAAGGCCAUCCACUCCGAAGCUUAACAACAGUCCUAUUUUAGUGCAUAAAGAAAUCUCAACGAAAGUCAUCAAUUCACCGAUAUUGGACAAAACGAAAAACGUCCAAAAAAUAAGCGCUCAGUCUCAAAACGUCGGAUACUUUACGUGCACGGAAAAUAGUCCAUAUAUGCUGCGAAAAUCCAACAGUACGAGCAACUAUCAUGACGAAACGUCGUUACAUCGUAGAAAAGAAUUAACGAGCAACGCAGGCGGUGCUUAUCAUAACAGUCCGACGUUUCAACGAAGCGAAAAUAUUCAACGAUCUUCGAGUAACGCCAGUAUAAGAAAUACAAAAAUGAAGAGCGUUUUGACGCGACGUAGCAGUUUCAAUAAUGAAAACGAUCGAUUGCUCUUGCCCAAGGGAAAAUUCAAUCAUCCCGGUUCGGACAGCAGUAGCGAAGCUGGUGAAUCACCAUCGAUCAAACCCGCAGCAGCACCUAUUUCUUCAGGAAUAAAACUCAAUCGCGCGUUCAGUAUACGGAGAGGUCGGCUGAGCUGUGAAUCCGACACUACACCCAACACAACUCCUGAGGAACGUCGAAGGAAAGGACAAACUGAAAUUAAAUCGGCUCCUUGCUCAGCGAGACAAACGAACCAUUAUCGUGCGCGUACCAGCAGUGCCGGAGCGAAUAGCAAAGACGUUUUUAAAAAACCAGAACCUCCCAAGCCCCGAGCACCCUCAAUAUCGCGAACUGAUACUGGAAGAUUCAGUGUUAGAGGAUCCAAAACUUCCCACGCCACACCCACUUCAAGGCCUAAUCAGAAAUCGAGCAGUAAAGAUUACAAGAAAUCAACCAGGAGCAAUUCUACCCUUACUUCGAAGGAAGUGGAGUUUCAGAAUUGGAAGAGACGAAAAAGUUAUGAUCCCAUGAAAGCGGCUGCCGAGGGUAAGAAAAAAGCAGAUGGUCCUAAAAAGCAACACAGCGUUGAGAACGGUUCCUCAAGUCGCGAUAAUUCGGUCCUCCGUUCAGCGAGUUUUCAUGGAACACGUGGAACUUUGUCUCUAGCCGACGAUUGGUCCGACAACGAACUCGAUUUCAACCAGAGAGAUGCUCAGGCCCCUCCGCCAUCGAGCCCUCAAUUGGGCAGUGACAGCGAUCUUGAAACUGCCUCGUAUCUACAAACAACUCACAACGUCAUGUCCGCAAUGUCGGCAAGGAUUAAUGUUUAUAAUCCGGUUGAUUCCGGGGGUGAAAGCGAUGAGGACACCAGUCACAGUUUUCGUCAGGCUACGAACAAAAUAACUCGUGAUGUUAGCGACACUGAAACCAGCGACGAGCCGCAAGCUGCUGCGCAAUCGCCAAUUACCAAUACGAAAUAUAAUCGAACAUUCAGCCUCCGCAGAGGAAGACUGGAGCCUCAAGAAGCAAAACCAUCUAACAUUGCCACGACGAAAGCCAAGACUGUUGGAGCGAGUGGUGCAAAAGGAAAAACAGAAACAGUGCCAAGUAUUUCAAGGACUGAUUCAGGACGUUUCAGCAUGCGUUUAACAAAAACAGUAAACAUCUCGAAACUUAAACCAAAAGAAACAAAAAAGCAAACGUCAAAUUCACGAGAAGUGGAAAUGCAAAAUUGGAAGCGUCGAAAGAGUUACGAUCCAAUGAAAGCGGCGAUGGAAGGAAAACGCAAAGCUGGCCUAGCAAAAAGAAACGUAAAUGAUAAUUCUUCUUCCAGCGAUCGAAAAUAGUGAUAGUCUUCAAUGGAUCAAUUGGUAUGAUAAAUCAUGUGUCAAGAUCUCAAAGUUUCCAUGGACCAACAACUUUGGGGAUAAGCGAGUGGAGCGAUGAGGAUAUUUCGGCAUCGGCGGACGAGGCCCAAAUUUACUGAAAAAUAACAAUAAGGAACAACAAUCUUAUCCGAAUAGUGAGAAAAUUUUUUUCUCGGCUACCACAACGUGAGAACGAUUAUCUUUGACGGUGUUGAUGAAAAAAAUCAGAUCUGAUAUAUUGCCGAGAGGUUUGGUUAAUUAAAGAAAAACCAAGACCAUCGGCCACGUAGAAAAUGUACAAUUGGUCUAACAAUCUUCUCAUACUGAACGCUAUAACAAAUAGCCUACUCGUUAAUCACUACGUAAUAUCUUCCAAUGAAACGAUAUUAAUGAAAAAUUAAUAUUGAAAAAUACUGCGCGAAUAAUUAAAAUGUAUUCUGCAUGUGUCAAAGCAUUGUUUAUGCGAAAGCUUGAAAAAAAAGGUCAAAAGUUUAAGGUGCUCCUGAAUUCUCAUUAUAUCGCAUCCGCGCAAGAAUGAAUAUUGUUACUUGGUCCGAAUAGAGCGAAAGAUAUUAAAGAAACAUACGUGUACAAAAAAAAUAAAAAAGGGAAAAACAAAAAAUGAAUUAGCUUAACGAUAAACGCGCCAAUUUAAACAUAGGUUAUUGAUAUUUGUAUAAAAUGGACUUUCAUUAGUUAUAUUUUCGUAUUUUCAGAUGUGAAUAUCAAUGGCUUUGUUUUCCUGAUUGAAAUAUAUAUAUUUUUUUUUUCAAUUCAUAUUUAAAGUUGUAUUUGAAUCAUGCACAUUCAAACGACUCGGCUAAAUUUAUUUAUUUGAAUCCCAUCACACGGUUCAAAACGUUAAAAAUUUGUUUUGUUUUAUUUCUAUAGUAACGUUAAAGAAAGACAAGAUCGAUGAGCAUAAUUUAACUGUAAUGUGAUUUUAUGUGCAAUUUUUUUUCAAGUUAUAUUCCUUCUCGUUACACGAUGUAUUAUUGAUUUUGUAAAAUCUGCGUAUAUCAAUAAAAAAUUGUUUCUUCAUUCAAAA